GGAAUGUAUAUCAAAUCAACAUAUGAUGGACUACAUGUAAUCACAGGAACAACUGAAAAUUCUCCUGCUGACCAGUGUAAGAAAAUCCAUGCUGGCGAUGAGGUGAUCCAGGUCAACCAUCAAACUGUGGUUGGCUGGCAGUUAAAGAAUCUAGUAAAUGCAUUGCGGGAAGACCCAAAUGGAGUGAUUUUAACCUUGAAAAAACGUCCUCAGAAUACCCUGGUUUCUGCUCCUGCCCUUCUGAAGAAUGUGAGGUGGAAGCCUCUUGCACUUCAGCCUGUAAUUCCAACCAGUCCAACAAGCAGUUCUACAACACCAACAAGUACAAUGGGCUUAUCUUCAAAACUGGAGAACUCGGCACUCCAGGAUGUUUUCAUUCUGUCUCCUAUGUCAGGACUUUAUGGCCCCAGGGAUGAAAUUGGAAUAAUGUCCUGUGAUGACAUCAGCAAAUUUGGGAAGUCUGGAAUGAAAGGCUCUGAGUCUCCAAGCUAUUUUCUGGAGCAUGAAAGUGGGAAAUACUACACUUUAAUUGAAGGUGAAGCCCACCCUGUGGGCUCUGAGUAUGAGAGAAGCAGAGCUACAGGAGUGCGGAGAAGAGAAAAAACACCCACUCACGGAGAUUUAAGGCCUGUUUCUAUGCCUGCUGAGUACAGUUGGAUAGGGGAGUCAAAAGAACAAAACAUGUACAAGAGGGGAAGCAGAGAGGAGAAUUCGCUCCUGCGGUAUCUGAGUGAUGACAAGAUACUGGUUAUCCAAGAAGAGCCUUUGGCACAAAAGGACAACAAAAGGGACACAGGUCGUAGGUCAAGAAAAAAGGGCAAAACCUCAAGCAGUCCAAACUACCCUAUUAGUCCAUCUGUACUGACAUCUACUAUUAAUGUUAGGCUUGAACCUGGGCAGCAAGAUAUCUUGAACUUCUCGCUAGCAGAAAACAAUACCGUUCCACUGUAUCACUCAUUCCAUUACGCUUCUCUCAGGGUAAAAAGCAGAAAAUGGUCAAAAGGUAACUUAUUUGAUGGGAGCAGAAGACGGAUUUCCUGCAAAGACUUGGGGCACGGAGAUUGUGAAGGCUGGCUAUGGAAGAAAAAGGAUGCCAAAGGUUAUUUCACACAGAAAUGGAAGAAGUACUGGUUUAUUCUAAAGGAUUCAUCCCUGUACUGGUACACAAACCAGAAUGAUGAAAAAGCAGAAGGAUUCAUUAGUUUGCCUGAGUUCAGAAUAGAUAGAGCAAUUGAAUGCAGAAGAAAACAUGCAUUCAAAGCAUGCCACCCCAAAAUAAAGAGCUUCUACUUUGCAACAGACUGCCUAGAAGAAAUGAAUAGAUGGAUGAAUCGUUUGGGUCUCGCAGCAAUUGGUUACACGCCUGAUGACAAAGAUAUCCAUCCAGACGAAGAUUACUGGAGUGAAAGCGACCAGGAUGACAUCGAUGGCUCUUUAACCCUGAAGCAGGAGGGCUCUUCCACACUGUGUGACUCCUAUCACCGAACACCCUCAAUGAAUUCUUCAAGUCCAUUCCCUGAAGCCAAACACGGGCGACACUUUUCAAGUGAAUCAACGUAUUCUCAUUCUUCUGCUGAGGAUUCUCGACAAGAUGUAGCAGGAAGCACACACUCGUCAGGAUGCAGACCUCCCUACCGAGAAAGACGCUCAUGGCAGGAUCUGAUAGAGACUCCGUUAACCAGUUCAGGGCUCCAUUUUCUGCAGACUGUUCCUCCUGAUGCAGAGUACAUGAGUGGCCGGCCCGGAAUGUCACCGGACAAACGAAGACAAGCAACGCUCCCAGUUCAAAGGCGCCAUAAUUUCGAGCAGGACGGGCCUUUCCCUUUGGCGGAUUGUCAAAGGGGACAGAGCUGUCAUAGCAGACCACAGAAGCAACGUAGUCAAAGUCUUCCGCGAAACAGAGAUGUCAGGGGUAAGGGACGUGUAAAGUCCAUAGAGGGAACAGACGACAAGCUGGAAGAGCAAGUUCCUAUUAGAAGGCAUAAUAGUUUCUGUGCAGAAGAAAACGUAAAAGAAACUGGAGAAAGCACAGAUGGUCUGCAAGAGCUAUACAAAUCUCUGGAACAAGCCAGCUUGUCAGCUUUUGGAGAGCAGCGUCCUUCCACCAAGCAGGAGUUCCGCAAGUCUUUCGUAAAGCGAUGUAAUGAUCCAGUUGUCAAUGAAAAGCUCCACCACAUCAGAGUUCUCAAGAGCACUUUAAAAGCGAAGGAAGGGGACCUCGCAGCUAUCAACAGCCUUCUGGAUGAUCCCAACUUAACAUCCAAGAAGUUCAAAGAUUGGAAACUCAAGAACUAUGAGUUUUUCCUGGACAUUUGUGAGUACAGCGCCGCUGUGAAAUCUCAGAAUGGAGCCUCUGACCAUGCAACCUCAGCACCAAUGCUGACACACACCCACUCGUUCAUCGAAACUCACGUGUGA